AUGGUUCUAGAAGAUGUUCAAUUCCAUGCCCCUGUUGUAGUUGAAAAGAAGAGAGGAAGUUUAAGUCUUGAGGGUUCUUCUAUCGAUAUUGCUCCUCCUCAGAAAGAGACAAUAUCAAGAAGAGCUCUAAUUCAACAACAACAACAGCAACAAUAUGGAAAUAAUCAAGACUCUCCCAGAAAUUCCCUCGAUACGUCUUCUUCUUACUUUCCUGGUGAUAGUUCAGUGUCAAGCUCUCAAGUAGUCAGAAUCAAUACUGGAAAUGUGUUUUCUCCUUCUAAAAGGGAAGCCAUUUCGAAUAUUGUUCAGAGUCAGCAGGAUCCAUCUGUUAAGAAGAUUACCUAUGAUAUUGUAAUGCCUUCAAUGAGUUUUUAUCAAAUCGAAAAUAAGGAAGCAUUCGAUCAGCAUUACAGGUCUGUAUCACCCACACCUUUAAACUCGAGCAACAAAUCAAGUCAAAUAAGGCCACCCAAAUAUGAGGCCCAUCUCCAAUCCAUGGAUAUUCGAAAUGAUAGAAAUAAUUUAGAGACAUUGAAUAAUUCUCUAGAAAUUGAAAAGGCCAACAUUAGAUCUGUAAAUAAUAGCAUUGUGAGUUCUGUUGCCAACUCACAAGUUUUGUCAUCUCCAAUACAUCACCCCCAAACAAGAUUACCCAACAUUCAUCAAAAGAAAGAUAUUGUCUUUGACAAACAUAAUAAUACCCUUUCACUAGCUCAUGACAAUCAUCAAAGGACGAUUAACAGUGCAAUUUUAAACACAACACUUGAACGAGAACAUUACCAUCACAUGCCUCAAGGUAAACCCAAUACUACACCCACAAUAUCAUGUACAGCUCUCAGUGGUUUCAUAUUUUCAAAAGUGCAUGGUGUUCAAAACAUUUCUCCUCAUUCCUAUUCAAAACGAUACAAUCCAACAACUCAUACACCAACAGCCAAAAAGCCCUUCUUCCAUGGAAAUACUAAGAAACCAUACAAUGGUCUUGUGGAGAUUUCCAGUUUUGCCAAAACGAGAAAAAAACCUCAUGUCGAUCCAGAUGUGAUUGUAAGGUAG